AGACCGGAACCUGAAAUCGUCCUUUUUCCGGUUGCGUGUCAGCCAUUUUGACCACGUUGUUGGAGCUCUGCUAAAAAUGGCAGCAAGACCACUUAUCACAGUGUACAAUGAGAAAGGCGAAGCAACUUCGACCAACAUUACUUUGCCGGCUGUAUUCAAGGCCCCAAUUAGGCCCGAUAUUGUGAACUUCGUUCACAAUGAAAUGAUGAAGAAUACAAGACAGCCUUAUGCUGUUUCGGAAAAAGCCGGACACCAAACCUCGGCUGAAUCUUGGGGAACCGGACGAGCUGUUGCUCGAAUUCCUCGUGUAAGAGGAGGCGGUACUCACCGCUCUGGACAGGGUGCAUUUGGAAACAUGUGCCGUGGUGGUAGAAUGUUUGCACCAACAAAAACAUGGCGUCGCUGGCACAGACGUAUCAAUACUAACCAGAGAAGAUACGCCAUGUGUUCGGCUAUCGCCGCCACUGGAAUCCCAUCCCUCGUCAUGAGCAAGGGACAUAAAAUCGAAGAAGUUCCUGAAGUACCUUUGGUAUUGUCUGACAAUGUACAAGAAGUGAAGAAAACUAAGGAAGCUGUUGCUGUUCUCCGAAAACUAAAAGCCUACAAAGACGUCGAAAAAGUUAAGGCGUCAAGAAGAAUGAGAGCUGGUAAAGGAAAGUUAAGAAAUCGCCGAAGAGUUCAGAAGCGAGGCCCCGUUGUCAUCUACGCCCAAGACAACGGUUUAACACGAGCCUUCAGAAACAUCCCUGGUAUCACACUUUUAAAUGUAAACCGAUUAAAUAUCCUUAAAAUCGCACCUGGUGGCCAUGUCGGUCGUUUUUGUAUUUGGAUGUCUUCAGCCUUCAAAAAGUUAGACUCCAUCUACGGAACAUGGAAAUCCGAGUCUACUGAAAAAUCGAACUAUAACCUCCCAAUGUCUAAAAUGACAAACUCAGAUUUAAGUAGACUUCUCCGAGCCCAAAAUGUUGUAAAGUCGUUGGAGAAGCCAAAGAGGAAUCCACACAAGAAGAUCCAGAAAAAGAAUCCAUUGAAGAACAUACGCCUUAUGCAGAAAUUGAACCCAUACGCCAUUGUUCAAAAGAGAAAUGCGAUUUUAACAAAUGAAAAGAGAAGAAUCGAAAGACAGGCAAUCAGAGAUAAGAAACGUGGAAUCACGAGUGUUGAUGAAUCAGGUUCUAAAGCGAGACCCAGACGUAUUACGAAGAAGAAGCCAGUUAAGAAGUCGAAAAAAGGAGGAAAGUAA